UGACGAUCCCGACAAUGAGGCCAACAGCAAUGCCAAUUGCAAUGUAGAGACCUCCGCCACACUCCUCCUGUUGCUGUGGACUCGUUGCUGUUCGAGAAGUUGUUCUGAUGGAAGAGUACUUUGUAGCUGCUGUAGUUGUCAAAGAAGAAGUGGAGAAGUCUGUUGUCGUUUCAGGCGGCUCUGUUGUUGGAGCUCCUGUGGUCGCUGCAGUAGUCGUCGUAGUCGGUGGCGUUGUUGUUGCAGAGGUGUUGACAACGAGCAGGCUGUAG